AUGGCGACCGAAAAGAUCAGUCUCUACAACCUCGCAGACCUCAAGAACACUUCUGACGAUGCUCUCCCCAACUACCUCAACUCGCUCCGAUUCAAGCAGUCCCACCGCCUCAUGGACGUGAGGCUGGCUCUUGGCUACGGCGCUUUCGCCAUUGCGGCAGCCUGCUUCGGAUGGGACUACAAGUUCGGCUGGGACAGCACCAAGUACUACACCGCCGCGGCGGUAGCCCUCUACGCCUUGGUCAAUGGAUUCCUCACCUUUUGGAUGUUGCGCGUGGAAAGGGGAACCGUGUACCAAGGCGCAGCACCGACGGGGGAAAAAGUCACAGUACGAAGCAGGACCAAGAAAAACGACCCCACGUACUACCUCACCAUUGACGUCGAGGGGGCUUCCGGCAAGCCUCAGUCCAUCGAGACGUCCGGAUCCUUUGCGGCUUGGUUCGACGAAACGGGCCGCUUUGUUGCCAGGCCGUUCCAGGAGUUCCUUGCCUCAGCUGUACCUGCCAUUGGCAAGCAGGACCCGGCCAAAGUGAAAAGCGUGGCGCAGGAUAUGCUUGGCGCGAACCCGGAGCUUCUGGACGCUGUGUUGGCGUCGGGGGUGAGUGGCGGAGGCGAGGCGACGUCGACGUCGACGGCAGCCGAGACGGCCGAGAAGAAGGGCCAGCGAAGAAAGAACUGA